CCUCUGAUCUCUGAUAACCUCGUGGUGAAGUUGUUGAAAGCGCAAUCCAUCGUUCGUGGUACAAUAUACUAAAAACCCUCUUAUUUGCACGUGUUGUUAUCAAAGAAUGUGUUCGUGACGAUUAUUUAUAAUUACGAUAAUAUUUGUUCUCGUAAUUGAAUUAUAAUAAAUCAAAAUGCAGCACGACGACGUUGUGUGGAGUGUUAUCAAUAAAUCAUUCUGUUCUUUCAAAGUAAAUACAAAGACACAGCGGUUCUGCAGAAAUGAAUUUAAUCUUACUGGUUUAUGCAGUAGAGCUGCAUGUCCUCUUGCAAACAGUCAAUAUGCUACGAUUAAAGAAGAAAAUGGUAUUAUUUAUCUUUACAUGAGAACUGCAGAAAGAAUACAUACACCUAAAAAUAGCUGGGAGAAAGUCAAACUGUCUAGAAAUUUUGAAAAAGCCAUACAUCAAAUUAAUGAAAAUCUUCUUUAUUGGCCUGGUUUCAUAAAAGCUAAAUGUAAGCAAAGAUUUCUCAAGAUCACACAGUAUCUUAUUCGUAUGAGAAAAUUUAGAUUAAGACGACAAAAGAAAAUUGUACCGCUUCAGAGGAAAAUUGAAAGAAGAGAAAGGCGUAGGGAAGAAAAGGCUUUGAUUGCUGCAAAACUAGAAAAUGCAAUUGAAAAACAGCUUAUGGAGAGGUUGAAAAAAGGAAUGUAUGAAGGUAUUUAUAAUUUCCCACAACGAGUAUUUGAUAAGGCUGUGGGAACUGUUGAAGUUGAAGGAGAAAGUGAAGCAGAAAGCGAGCAUGAAGAAGAGCAAGAGAAAGAACUUGAGAAGGAGUUGGAAAUGGAAUUAGAAGCAGACGACAGAGAAACUGAACAAGAUGGUCCAGAAUAUGUUGAAGCUGAUAGCGACGAUGAUGACUAUGAGGACGAUGACGACAUUGAAGAGCUUUCUAUGGAUGAAGAUAGUGACUCUGGACAGAAAGAAGAAGUUGAAUUAUCCGAUAGCUUUGAAUCCGAAGCUAGUGAUAUCGAGGAUUUAGUCACACCGUCCACAAGCAAGAAGACAAAAGGACCAAAAGUUGUCAAAAAAGGAAAGGUGCAAAAGAAACCUCGACCGAGAGUCGAAAUUGAAUACGAAGUGGAAGAAGAGAGUCAGCAAAAUAAACAGGCGCGUGUAUAAAAAUAAAUUUGUAUUAUAUAAAUAUAAUAUCUUUAUAACAAAA